AUGUUUGGUAGUGCAGCUGCAGCUGCUGGGGACCAACGAACAAGUGAGACAGGAGUAGGCUUAUCCAGUGAGCUUGAAGCUCACUCCGAAAGAGCACGGGCUGUCGAUAAUGAUCAGUCAAUAUAUCGCGACAGGAACCUGAGCGGCUCAGGGUCGGAGACCGUGAUUGUGGACUGGUAUGGACCCACGGAUCCCGAUGACCCCAAAAAUUGGCCAGGUUGGAAGAAGAGUAUUGUGUACUUUGUCAUCAACUAUACUUCGCUUGUGGUCUACAUGGCUACCUCACUGUACGCACCCGCUCAGACAGAGGUGCAACGAGUUUUUCAAACGUCAACAUUCGUUUCAAGUCUCGGAUUUGCCAUUUAUAUUCUUGGGUAUGGAAUUGGGCCCAUGGUCUGGUCUCCGCUGUCCGAGAUGCCCGCUGUUGGAAGAAACAUCCCAUAUGUCGGCAGUCUGCUGGUUUUUGUCAUAAUUUCUGUUCCGGCAGCCCUCGCAGACAGCGUGGCUGCUCUGAUAGUUCUCCGGUUUCUUCAAGGCUUUUUUGGAUCGCCCGUUCUGUCCACCGGAGCAGCCUCCCUUAGCGAUAUAUCGCGAGAGCAUCAAAGACCUUACGCUUUGUAUUCUUGGGCUAUAUUUUCUCUGGCAGGCCCAUCUGUAGCAAUGGUUCUGGCAGGUUAUACUGUGCCGCUGCUAGGUUGGAGAUGGAGUUUAUGGGAAAUCGUUUUAACGACAAGCCCAGCCUUGGUGUUACUGCUUUUCCUUCCUGAAACGUCCGAGACUAAAAUUCUCUAUCACAGAGCAUCGAAAAUUCGUGCUCUGACCGGCAAGAGUCAUUACCAAUCGGCGGCUGAAAUAAAAGCUCAACACUCGUCAACGACACAGCGCUUUUAUCAGUCCCUCGUUAUUCCCUGGAAGAUCAACGUUCUUGACCCGUCUAUCAUGUUUACCAGUGUCUACAGUGGAUUGAUAUAUGCCAUCUUCUACUCGUUCUUUGAGUUCUUCCCCUUAGUAUAUGGCGAUAUAUAUGGCAUGGACCAAGGUCAAAUUGGCUUGGUUUUUUGUGCAAACGCGAUUGCUGUCAUACUAGUCGGGUUUCCCUAUUUUGCCUACGUUCACUUUGUGGUCAAUGCGUGCCACAGAAAGGGAAUCAGGAUGAGUCCAGAACGUCGUCUAUUGCCCGCCGUAUUUGCAUCUGCCUUCCUUCCAGCAGGUAUCUUUCUCUUUGCUUGGACAUCUCGUUCAACAAUCCACUGGAUCGUUCCAACGAUUGGUGCGGCCAUGACAACAGGUGGUUUUGCAAUCCUGCUGCAGAGCAUCUUUGUCUAUAUCGCACUUGCAUAUCCGCAGUAUGCGGCCUCGCUCUUCGGAGGAAAUAGCUUUGUGAAAGCGGUUGUUGCAUUUGCUGGAGUUCUUUGGUCCCAUCCGCUUUAUGAGAAGUUGGGGUUGGCAGAAGGGAUUUCUCUGCUUGGUGCCCUCUGCGUCGUCUGUACUAGCGGAAUAUUUAUCCUGUAUUGGCGUGGCGAGAAGUUGAGGAGUCGAAGUAAAUUUGCUACUUGA